CAGCGCUUUCUCUUCCACCCCUCCCUGCUCACCCACACACACUCUUUCUCUCUCCCUCCUCUUCUGCUCUCUCUCCGUCGUACAUUCUAUCGCUUGCGCUCUCUCUCUCUCUCGUUUCCGCUCUCUCUCUCUCUCUCGAGCUUCUCAUGCAUUCUCUAUGCCUGUAUUACUGCCAAGGUCUGAGUCUUUCAGUGUGGGAAUGUAGCAAACCAGAGACAGGACUGCCUUUGAAUUCUGGUGCAAUGAUGGAUGUGUGGCAGAGCUUCGGAUGUGCACUGUCAGAAGGGAAGAACUGAGGGCAGGGAUUGAGAAAGGGAUCAGAUGGAUUUUACCCUCCCAGUGGUCUCUGCCUGAUCACAGUACAUCAUUCUGCCGCUCUCUUCCGUGGUGUGGAUUACCGGCUGUCCGUAUCCGUCGAAGCACCGCUGGAAAGACGAGAGGGAAGAUUGGAGCCGCGUAGCCAGGGACGAAGCGUUGUGUCGGGGGAGAGAGAGAUAGGCACGCAGAUCAGUUCCUGGAGUGGAGCUGUGCUUCUGCCGCUACCUGAGCUUCCCCAGACGCACACUCGCGCACACAUACAGAGGCAGGGCUGCGCCAGCCGCGACGACCGACGCGUUAAUGCAGCUGUGAGAAGAGAAGAUCUGCAGCAGGGAGCUGCCCUUGCUCAGUCACUCGCGGAUUUACAAGGAAAAUUUGACUCCGGGCAAAACACCAACAGAUCCGUGUCUUCACCCGCAAACUUAUUUUUUUCUUCUAAUUAUUGCAUUUAUAUGGAGCAUCUUGGGAAUUACCAUCGGUUCUAGAGAGGCUGAACUAAACAGAGGCUUGUUACCAGAACCUGCUUCCCCCCUCCCCAAACCCAGUCCUGUUUGGUUACUGACCGAGUGUGUGUAUGAGUGAGCGCUCGUGUACGUGACUGUUGGUGUUUAUCGGUUAAGGUUUGCUGUGCUGUAUUGUAUAGGAUUAACAUUUACAUGUUUAUGUAUAGUCAAGUGUUUGCUGUAUAAUUUAUGAGUUAAUAUUGCAUGUAUCUGUAUUUGUGGAUGAGUGUGAAUAUUAAUGAGAUGCCCAGUUUUGGAUCCCUCCCCAGCUCCCCCCACUGCUUGCACUGCUUUCUGGCUGGGCCCUGAACACCAGAAGCAUGAGUGAAAGAACGGCACUAGGGGCCACCAUGGAGACCAUGACCCUGGAGGAGCCCGGGGGUGAACAAGCCUCUCCCCGGGCCCCAGGGCCCCUCCGCUGUGGCCCCUGUGCGGUGUGGCCCCGCCAGCAAACAUGGCUCUGCGUUGUGCCCCUGCUGAUGGGUUUUGUUGGCCUGGGCCUCAGCCUGAUGCUUCUUAAAUGGAUUGUGGUGGGCUCGGUACAGGAUUAUGUCCCGACUGACCUGGUGGAUGCCAAUCGCAUUGGACAGGACCCUAUUUUCUUAUCCAAACCCAGUGCCCUACCCAAAGGCCCCGAUGGCUCCACAUCAACCACUUCCGCAGUGCCCUCUGUGCCUCCUGGUUCGGCCACCCGGGCUGCUGAGGGCACAGGAACAGUGCAAAGAACUCGAAUUGGGCAGUCCUCCAACCACACGGCCAGCAGCAGUAGCAGCAGUGGAGGAAGUGGUGGGGCGUUAGGGGGAGGCUCGGGAAACAGAGCCCCGCACUUGCAUAACAGAGUGGGGACACGAGUGACCAACUCCACCGCCACCACCCGAGCCACCAAUCCAGUCCCACCGGGAGGAAAGGAGGUGACCCCACGCAGCACCACUGUCAGAAAAGCCAAUGGGGAAGGCGUGGGACAGAACGCAUCAUGGGCCGAACCACCAAGUACGACCACCGUUAGUACUGGGUCAACCGUGAGCACUACUACCACCCAAGCAGCCCACCCAACCUCCACCCUUGCGGCCCCUUCGAAGCCCGGGCAGCGCUGGAAUCACGGACGCUCCUCCAAGGGCCCUGCCACCAAGCCUACUCGGCCACACCAUCGGUUUAGGACACUUGCCCCCACAACCUCCACCGUACGCUCCGAAUUCUUCAAGCCCUGCCAAGACAGUCAAGAGAUGGCCUUCUGCCUGAAUGAGGGAGAGUGCUUCAUCAUCGAAACAGUGGCAGGCGUGCACAGACAUUGCAGGUGCGUCUAUGUGUGAAUGUGUGUCAGAUGC